ACAGUAAAGCCGAUUCUUGGAUUUGAUUUAGAGACCGCUUGGCUUUGGUUCGUGCCAGUAUAUCGUUGUGGAACAGAUGAGUGUCCCUCUGAGUUUCCCACCGGACCAUAAUACUAGGAACACAAAAUGGCCGCCUCUUUGCUUCGGUUAGGGCGACUGGGUUCCCUCAAGUGUGGUCAGGUGGAGAGCUGGGGCGUCCUGAGGGGUCGCUCGGCUGCUUCGUUCUGCACUCAGGCUGAAGAACCACCGAAGACCCCCAAAAAGACAAAGGCUGCAGGCAAGACAGCAGAGGCUCCAGAUGAGAGAGCUGCCUUGCUAGCCUACAAGACUGCUGUUGCCUUCCCAGUUAAACUUUCAGAGCCAGGAGUUUUCCCAGCACAGUCUCUAGGUGUAACUGAACUGUUGGUCAGCUCAGAAAUGACUGCAGCUGCUGCUCCGCCUGCCGCUGCUCCCAGUGAACCAGCUGCAGCUGAAGCUCCAGCUCCUGGCCCACAUGUUGCUGAGGUUCUCGCUCAUGCAGCUCCAUCUGUAGCUGAACCUCCGGCUCAUGCAACCUCAACACCAAACGAUGCAGUCCCACCCACUCCUGCCUCCUCUGAGCCUGCACAACCAGCAGCCGACGGAUCAUCCUCUUCCUCCUCCAGCGACUCAGAUUCUGACUCAGACUCAGACUCUGACUCUGACUCUGAGGACGAGAAGUCAGGAGUGAAGACUGAAACAAAGAUUUCACCUCCUGAGGUGUCAGACUCCACUGUGAAAGGAGAAGCAGAAGUCCAGGAGGUCACUUCAGAAGUGAAGGAAGACACUAAUGAAGCUAAGACAGAAGUUCGACCGGAGCCUGAAGCUACUCUUGCCUCUACUGAGGCUCCAGCAGCAGCAGCAGCAGCGGCAUCUGCCACCGAGGAGGCACCCAUUCUCGCCUCUGAGGAGUUAGUCGACUCUGCUGCUGAAAUGCGCACUGCCAACGAAGUUGCUCCAGAGGGCACUGUGAGCAACACACAAGUCUCAGCUGAAGCAGUGGAAGCUACUCCAGAAGUCAGAGAAGAUGUCGCCUCUGAUGCUGUCCCUGGUGUCCAGACAGAAAUUCCAGUUGAAGUGCUGACCAAAGCUGCAGCUCCAGAAAGAGCACAGACUGCCACUCCAGUAGAAACUGCAGAGCCUGCCUCCACUGAAGCCCCAGCAGGAGCUGCUGAAGAGCCUGUAGAAGCCGUAGAAGCCCCCGUGAAAGCUGCUGCAGAGCCUGCAGAGGCUGAAACUGCUGAGGUUGCAGCUGAAGGUUCAGAGCUGGUGGAUCCCGCUCCAGUCAUAGCUGAAGCUGCAGGAGAGGAGCUGCAGGCAGAGGCCACAGUUGAACCAUCUGAGGAGGCUGCAGCAGCGGCACCUCCAGAGCCAGAGGAGCCUUUCGAUAACAGCACUUAUAAGAACUACCAGCACCACGGCUACCAUCACUACACAUUUGCAGACCUGGACGUGGAGAUGGCCAAGUUCCGUCUCCCGCAGCCCUCCUCCGGCAGACAGUAGACGAGCUGACCUCGCUGCAGACCUUUAUCUUGUUUAAAGAUGAUGGCGAUGGUGUUGUUCCCCGUGACGUAUGAUCAUCACUCCACCUGUGCGAGCUGCAUGAAAUUCUGCUGUUAAAAAUCGUAUAUUAAUAAAGUCCACAACAGAGAAAUGAA